AUGUCACAGAAAAACUCCUCAUCACCUGUAAAAGGCCAAGAACAACUAAAAAAAUCAUCAAGCUAGAUGGAUGUUUCUCAAAGAAGCACUAUGUAGUAGAAAAAGAAUAGCUAACCAAAGUUUCUACCAAUCUAUUUGAAUGAGGAAACUUCUGGAGAUAUGAUGAGAAUUGAGCAGAGAAUUUUCAAUUAAGAAGGAGCUGAAAACUAUGCAUAGAUAAACUCUAUAGUUAAUUACUUAAGAAAAUACAGAUAAAAUGAAGAGAAGAGGAAAGAAAAGCGCGAAAGUGAAAAUAGCAAAUCUCCAAUUAACGCUGGAGCACACACUUUUAUAAGAGAUCCUAAAAGCCUAAAUGUGAAUAAUCCACGAGUAAAUGUUACAACAGAUUAAGACGGAAAACCUAUAGUUUUCAAGAAUUUGAAUACUGAUCGUUUGCCCGCCAUCUAGGCUCAAGUUACUUAAGUAAAAUAAAAGGAUCUUUAGGACAAGAAACUUAGAAAUAUUUCUAAUUAAUAAAUAAGGUCCUUAAAGGGUUCUAAAAGUUAAAGAUAGCUAUUAAAUAUAACUAAAUAGCUUGAUCCAUACUAUUCAAAAGUAGGAUUGGUAGAAAAGGCAGAUUCUCAAAAUCUAUUAUCAGAGCUCAAUAUAAAGCCUCACUUAAUGAAGAAUAGCUUUAUGGAUGAAGCAAAUUAAACUUCUUUAACUUAGCAUACUAAUCUUAAGACGUAAAAGAUUAGCAAAGAAGCCAAGGAUAUUUUAGAUAUCCAAUAAAAACUGUACUAAGUGCCGCCGAAUUAGAUGACUUUAAAUGACUACAAAAGAAACCAGUAAAAAUUCAUCAUUGAUAUGACCAAAGUAAAUCCAGAGAUGGACCAAAAUCUCUUAAUGAUUCAAGAAAUCAAUAAAUAGAUAGAUACCUUAGUGUUUACAAAUGAAUAGGAUGGAUUAAAAAUCAGUUUAGUAUAAGACAACAAUUUCGAAAAUUUGUAACAAGAGAGUAAGCCAAAAUUCAAAUCUAAGUACCUUAGGAAUAUGACUAACAAGGAAUAGAUAACCAAAAACUAGAAUGUUGAUAUAUUGGACUUAUUCAAUGAUUAAUAAGUGUCAAGAAAUAAUAGACUAAAUGGCGAUGAUAGUCAAAGUAGCAUUGUUUUCAACAAAUCUAUAAUAGACACUGAAACAAAAAAUUAAACUUCUAUGCUCCCCUAGAUAAAAUCAUCUAGAAACCAUAGAAUUAAUGCCAGUUAAUCAAAUCUUCCUCCACUUAAAGAUGAUAAAUUUAAGUUAAAACAGUUAGUGGACAGAGUUACUUUCGGGUAACAAUUAUACGAGUAGGAUUAAAAUAGAUAGCAAUUUACAGCUAAAAAUGACAUGAAUGACUAAGUGGCAAAUCAGACAUUUGGAUUUUAGUUUCCUAAGAAAUCAUUUGCAUUAAACUAGAAUCUUGCAGAUUUCAUGAAUAAGAGUAGCAACUAAUAGGAUUAACCUGGUAAAAUUGGUUAGCUAAUAUCUCUUCGAAGGAAAGCAAGCUAAAGCCAGCUUAAUAAGGGAAUGAGAACUGCAAGAUGA